AUGAGCACGACAACACUCACCGAGAAGGCGCUAGAAAGCCCAUCCAUCGACAUCAAGCAGCUUUCCGAGAAAGAAAAGCAAGAGCUCAUCGCCGCGGACGCUGCAUCCAUCACCAGCGGCACCACACUCGGCGCAGCAUCGCAUCUCCCCUUCCAGCCCGCGAAAUCGCUGCACAUCAAUACAAAAGGCAUCCCCGUCCUGCGCCUGCCGCUCCCGCCCUCCGAGCUCACAAUCACGAUCCACAACCCCGACGGCACCGUCGCAUACCAGUCCACGCGCGAGCGCCGCAGCUCGGGCAACUGCGUCUUGACGGAUCCCGAUGGGCGCGAGCUGAUCGGCACUACAUACUUCUUCGGGCCGAAGAAAGACCCCGUUCUGACGCGGUUGGAUGUCGGAGGCGACGGAGACAGCAACACUAUCAAGACGGUGUCGAAGUGGACGUCGCGGAGCCAGAAGUUCCUGCUGCCCGACGGCCGCACGUUCGACUGGGAGUACAAGAAGGAGAAGGGGUUUGGCGGAGAGGGGAAAAAGGGCACCGCGCUGGUGCUGACUAUGGAUGGGAAGAGGAUCGCGGCGUUGAUUAGGAAUGAGGAGACGCGGACGCCGGGGAGCAAGGGCUGCAGCGCGGGGAAUGGCGGCGAGUUGGUGCUUGGGGAUGAGGUGGGCGGGAAGGAGGGCGUGAGUGAGGAGGUCGUCGUUGCGACGUGCCUGCUUAUGCUGAAGAAGGAGAUUGAUCGAAGGAGGGCGGUGCAGUUCAUGAUGCUUGCCGCCGCUGCCUCCGGUGGCUCGUAG